AUGGGUUUUACGAGUGCUAAGAGCAGUAAAGCACCUGCACUCUUCGAGAUUCGAAUCAAGUCUGCAGAGCACGAUGUUAUAGUGGUCAAAGGUGCCCCCCACGACGCAUCGUCCGUAUUGCUUGCGGGAACUGUCGUUCUCUCGGUUUCUGAGCCUAUGCAAAUUAAGAAGUUGACAUUGAGAUUAUACGGAAUGUUGCGGCUGAAUUUGACGGCCACGUAUCGUGGACCGAAAGGGCCCACUGAAAGAAGCUUCAAAUAUGAUAAAAGAUUCUUCGAGCACGUUUGGGAUAACAUCAACAUUGAAGACUACUUCCACAACCUAUACGACAACUAUGGGUCCCAGAGAUCCAUAGCAAGUAAAAGUGGCUCAUUUAGCAAUUUGCACAAUUUGCACAGCAAGGCUAAAUCGACGACUUCCUUGAGGUCUUUGACCUCAGGUUCGGGCAGCAAUAGCCACCUACUAGUCAAGGGUAAUUAUGAAUUUCCGUUCAGUGCAGUGUUGCCGGGUACCCUUACCGAAAGUGUUGAAGGAUUGCCCAAUGCAUCGGUCAUUUACAAACUUCAAGCUACCAUUGAGAGAAGUAAGUUCGCCACAGAUUUGAUAAGUAAAAAGCAUCUCAGAGUGAUUCGUACACUUACGCCUGAUGCCGUUGAACUUAGUGAAACGAUGUCUGUUGAUAACACCUGGCCAAACAAGGUAGAUUAUUCCAUUUCUGUUCCAGGCAAGGCAAUCGCGAUUGGAUCAGCUACGAAAAUUCACAUUCUUAUGGUCCCCUUGCUUAAGGGCUUAAAAUUAGGACCAAUAAAGGUACAAUUGGUCGAGUACUCAUCCUUUUGUGCGCCUUACGGCGCGGGAAAUAACCAGGAGCGUGUGGUCUCGAAGCUUAAGCUUUCGGAUCCUCUGAAUCACUCAGUCACUGAGACCGAAGGGUCUGAGUACCAGGAUAAAUGGGAGGUCGAGGCUGUUUUUAGCAUCCCCCCAAGUCUUUCGAAGUGCACACAAGACUGUAGCAUCCUGUCGAAUAUAAAGGUGCGCCACAAGCUCAAAUUCGUGAUAUCCCUCGUUAACCCCGAUGGUCAUGUUUCUGAACUUCGCGCUUCCUUACCGAUCCAACUUUUUAUUUCACCUUUUGUGGCUCUGGGCGUCAAAUGUACCGACUCCCUAGAUAGCAGCGCCAACAUCUCAGCAAACAGCACGGAUGCAGAAGGCGGUGACGACAAUGAUGAUGACGACGACAUGAUCUUCUCGAACACAGUAUCAGAGUUAAAUUUGGCGGGACUAAAUGCAUCAACUCAAGAUAGUAGCAGCACCACAAACUUGACAUCUGCUAUUCUAGCGCCACCUAACUAUGAAAGUCACAUAUACGACAGGCUCUGGAGUGGCAUUUCUGUGGAAAAUACACCUACCAAUUCUGGCAGACAAUCUCCAGUAGCGCCAUCGGAAGGCUCAUUCCUUAAUAGCCCCAAUGAGAUGAACGCUCUGCAACAUGGACUUCAGAAACUACACGUCGAGCAGGAGCGGCCAAAUCAACGCGAAAACGGAUCGAACGAGGCUUUUAGUCUACCUACAACCCCCGAACCCAGUUCCCAGCCUGAUUUGGGAUCACGUACUUCUGGACCAACCGAUUACUUUUCAGUACCCACGCCACGACACGUACAGAGUAUGAUUGCGAUGAAUAAUACUGGUCUACGAUCACCUGGUCCUAUGGGUUCACCAGGUCUCGAUCACAUAUCUCGUGCAAACUCUUUCGGUCCAUUUGGGCCGUCAGCCAAAGGUGAUUGGAAGUUGAAUGCGAUGAGCAGGGUGCCUUCGUAUGAAAAUGCAAUGAGAGGUGACAACAUUCCAAUUGAUUUACCUCCAGCGUACCCCAGAGAGAACAACGAAAGCUCCACCUUGGAUUUGGAGAGACCCGAAUUAGCACACCAGAGAUCGGCUGAAAUGCAAAGGACCAAUAGCGGCACUCGUCUAUCACACGCAGCCUUGUCUCGGAGCAACAACAGUUCUUCUUCCUCUCUGCCCAGAUUUUCGCUUUCAAGAAGUAAUACAGGUGGAUCAAAUGUUUCAGUAAAUGUGGGCAGCGGGAGCAAAGGAGGAACAGCAUCGAAGCAUUUUGGUUUCAACAUGACACCUCUUGGCGGUAAGAAAGAAAGCACCGGGCACGCUCAAUUUUCCUUACAUGACUCAGAGCCCGCGUCGGGGACAACUUCUCUAAGUCGAAACGGGUCACUCAUGAACCUUAAAAGUCUCAUGUCUAGAAAGGAAAAGAAGUAA